AUGGCGUUAAUUGGCCUUGCUUUCGCUUGUGCACUUGGCGUUACAUUUCUAGUCUUAGGAUGUGCUUUGUAUGAAUCAUGGUGGCCCAUGUUUGUGUUGGUUUUCUACUUCUUGUCUCCAUUACCAACAUUAGUAGCUCGCAGGUUGUCCAGCGGCUAUGAUUCAUCAAGCAGUGCAUGCAUUGAGUUGUCAAUAUUUUUUACCACAGGCAUUGUUGUGUCAGCCAUUGGUCUUCCUGUCAUCUUGGCUCGUGCUGAAGUGAUUAAACUGGGAGCCUGUGCUUUAGUGGUGUCUGGAAAUGUUGUUGUAUUCCUAACAAUCUUUGCAUACUUCAAAAUUUUUGGCAAUGAAGAUAUUGAGUACAGCAUGUGGUGAUAAAAACUAGAGUAAUCUGAGUGCUGUAUAUCUUUUGAUGGACAAUUUUGUUGUAAAAAAUGUUAUUGAAUUAUAAUAGAAAAAAACUCGUGCAUUGAGGUUCAGGUUGUCUUGAUUAUGUUGAAGCAUUGAACAAAAGUUUAAGAAAUUUAACACAACAAAUAGUUUCAUGUAAGACCUAAUGACAAAAAAUUAUUUGUUUUGUUAAAAAAAAUUUUAAGCUAUUUGAAAUAAAUAAACUAAUCUGGUUUUUAAUUGUAUUGGAUGUUUCAUAAAUGUUUGUAAAGAUGUCUGUAUUUUUCUUAACAGAGGUCUACUUUUAAUUUGAAUCUUGGUUUAUAAAAAAAAAAUGGCUUUAGGCAGGAUUAGCUUGUGCAGCAGUGUUUACUAAAAUAAAAUUGCAGCAAUUUCAUUAUACUCUAAAUUGAACAAUCUCUUUAUGUAAAUUAAGAAAGCAUAAACCAUAAUUACAAAAUUUUUUAAAGAUAUUUGUAUAUAGUUUAAUUACAAAUGUAAACAUUUAAAGAAGCACUGGCUUUGUUCAUUUACUAUAUAUGCGUGCUAACAUUGUUGAUAUUUAAGUGUAUAAAAGUUGUAAUUAUUUAUUGAAAAAGAUACCCUAGGACAUUUUGUAUCUAGAAAUUGUAUCAUAUAUUAUAAGUGUAUUGUGUUCUUAACUUUUAUUAAUUUGUUUUUCAACUGUUUGUAAUUAUACUAACUUUUAUCCUAUUGUUGUAUAGUGCUAGAUCAUAGUUUUCAUUUAUUUGUUAAUAAAAAAAACUACUAGAGUAACAAUAACAGUAUAUGUUAUGUGUUCCUAAACAUUAUUAUUUUGGUAAUAGUAAUAUAUAGAAAAUACCAACUAUUAUACAACAAAAAGUUAGUUUAAAAACAAUUCUUGAAUUUUUUUUUAUCAUUACAUAACUUAGGCUUCAAAACUGACAUUUUUAAAAACAUGCUUGUUUUGACAAUUUUGUGUUUAUCUUUCAGAGAUCACGAGUUUUAAAUUUUAGGAAACAUUGUUCUUUAAUUAUUUUUUAUUUCUGUACUCUAUAAAAGAAAAAAAUAAACAGCUUAGUAAAAUGUUAUAUUUUAAUGAUAAAAAAACAGUUUUAUAAUUGUUUAUUUUAUUUUAAUGCACCAAAUAUGCACCCUUAUCUAGCUUUAUUCUGGAAUUAUGAUUGUUAAAUAUUGAGGAUUAAAAUUCUGCCUUUUAUCUUAAAAGCUAAUGUGCAUUAUAUGACAUAUACACAUACAUUUUUUGUUCAGUUAAUGAUUUAAAAUACUUCACAACUGAUAUAUAUAUAUAUAUAUAUAUAUAUAUAUAUAUAUAUAUAUAUAUAUAUAUAUAUA